AUGUCUCAAUCUCCUUGCUCCUCCUCCCCAAGUCGAGAUGCAGAGACCCAAUCAUCGAAAAGGACUAACUCUCUUGCUAUUACACCUCUGCCCAAAGAAUUUUUUUACCCUCAGAUUCUCGUUCACUUACAUCAUCACUUCGAAACCUUCGGGACGAUCAAUCAGUGGAUACCAUUACAAGGCUUCAGUCGUAUUCUCAUUGUUUACGAAGAUGAAGAUGCUGCAGAACGGGCAAAAACCGUGUCUGACCCGAUUGUUGUCGAAAUCGGGGAUUCGGACAGGGAAAAGGAUAUCGUACUUAGGGUUUAUCGUGCCGAUCCAAAUCCUCUCAUAUCGACCAUCGAGUCCGAGAACUAUCAUCUACAGCCUCCUACAAUUGAUCGAAACUUUCUCAUUUCUCCCCCUGGAUCACCCCCCAUUGGCUGGGAACCUAUACAGGAAGACCCACCAAACUCAACGCCACUUGCGGAUGACCUCAUCACUGCACUGAAGAGCUUACAGCUUCACGACACUCGCGAGGCAAAUACAGGUGUAGAGAUUGUACUGGAAGCAACGGAAUCUGGUGUUUCGGUCGUCGUGGAGGAUUGUGAUUUCAGGCCUGGCGAGACGAUCAAUGAGGAAGAGGAAAAUUGGGUUUACGGUGUCACGAUGCCUUCAAGAACGAAAUGGCAACCUUCCCCUACUGCUAUGCCUCCCUUGUCUUCGUCGUCUGCGCCUGCGUUCUGA